AAUAACGAUAAAUAUAAAAAAGGUUUAAAGGAAAUAUUCAACGAGGAUCAAAUUAAAGCUUUGUUAACAAAAAAACGAAGAACAAGAAAUUGGCUUAAUGAAACUAUUAAACGUGCACUUAGAUUAAGGUUUACUUGUGGUAAUAAUGGUUACGAAGAGCUUCUGCAACAAAAAAUGCCGCUUCCAAGUUUGCGCACUUUACAACGAAGAUUGGAAGAUUUAAAAUUUAAGAGUGGUAUUUCAAAGGAAAUGUUUGACUUUUUACAAUUUAAAGUAUCUUCUUUUCAAAAUGAUACUGAUAGAGAAUGUGGAAUUGUUAUUGAUGAAAUAAGUAUAACACCAAAGCGUGUUUAUGAUUCUUCAACAAAAACAUUACUAGGAAAUAUAACAUUUCCAAAUAAAGAAGGUAUUGCAACGCAUGCUUUAACAUUAAUGUUAACAGGUACAGCUAAUCGAUGGAAACACAUUGUAGGAUAUUUUUAUACAGGAGACUCAUUUGAUGGAACAGUUUUAAAAGAUAUCAUUUUACAGAUAAUUGAUAAAGCUGAACUAAUUGGUCUUCGUGUCAACUAUAUAACUUCUGACAUGAGUCCUGGAAAUAGCAAACUAUGAAAAUGCUGUAGGAUAAGUGUGGGACGGUAUUCGGACGUUAGAAAUCAUAUUCCUCAUCCUUCUGAUCCUAAUAGAUUGUUAUAUUUCAUCGCAGAUGUAUCACAUCUUUUGAAAAAUUUAAAAGAAUCAUUACUUAACAACAAAUUUUUCAUCUUACCAGAAGAAUUUGUUAGUAAG